AACGCAACUUCUAAAUCUCAGAGACCUAUUAUUUGGAAAGAUUUUGGAGUCUAUUUAGAUAAGAAGCUUGAUUAUCAACUUGAUUCUGAUUUCAUUAAAAGUUCUUCCACUAGUUCCCAUUUAAUCUCAAAUCAUACUCCGGAUUCAUCUUAUUUAUCCCAGGUUAUCAAGUAUAAGAUUUGCACUUCCUGUAAUCGACCAAUUGGUGAAGAAUCGUUAUCAACACAUUAUCCUCGUUGUAUAGAAAUGAAACAAAAGAAACAACAGCAACCACAAAACCUUUCAGAAGCUGAUACCAACGGUGUUGCAUCAAAUAAUAAGCGUAAAAGAGGUAGAGGUGCCAAUCCUCUAUUAGACCUAGAUCCUUCUUCCGUUGAUUCUUCUCGGAAUUCGAGUCCAAUACCAAAUUCUGCUGCUUCCAAGAGUGAUACCACAACGAAACCUAAAAAGAAGUAUAAGAAAUCUCAAACUCAAAAGGAUAAGGAAGCUGCUAAUGCUGCUGCCGCUGCUGCUGCCGCUGCUCUUCGAAAUAAUUCUAAGAAGAAACAAAUGAAAGCCAAAGGUCAAGUUAAACCAAAGGGCCCAGUUGAUGUUGAAAAACAAUGUGGAGUUCCAUUACCUGCUGGAGGAUUUUGUGCUCGUUCAUUAACUUGUAAAACUCAUUCAAUGGGUGCUAAAAGAGCUGUCUUGGGUAGAAGUGCACCUUAUGAUGUUUUAUUACAACAAUAUCAAAAGAGAAACCAAGCUAAAUUGGCUGCAAAUAAUGUAUUGGCAGCUCAAAGAAGAGAAAAUGCUCAUUUUAAUGGUGGAGGACAAGAUGAUCAAGAUGGUAAUGCAAUUAAUGCUCAUAAAAUACUUGACCCUGAUGAAGAAACUCAUUUGGUAUUAGAAGGUUUAUCUAAAAACUACCCAAUACCGUUGGAAAGAAAGAUUAUGGUACCAGCCAAAAACCGUCAUAAAUUUUUAUACAUGAGAGAAGCUUAUGCAAAUGCCUUAAUAACUAGUGGUGGCAAUUCUCAAAAUUCUCCUGGUAAUCAAUCUACCGAUCAAACUUUGGCUAAUCAAGCUAUAUCUGGGUCUAUUGGUGGUUUACAAGGUCGUUGUGCCUUGGUUAAUGUUGAUACAAGUAAUAACGAUACCAAUGAUCCAUCAAGUCAAGCAUUUGCUGCAAUCCCUGGUGAGUUGUAUCAAGUUAGAGCUCCUUCAAAAGCCAUAUUAAUGUCCGCUCAAUAUAAUGCUCAGCAACAACAGGCUUUCCAACAGCAGGUUAUGAAGAUGCAACAACAACAACAGCAACAGCAG